AGGUAUUAAAAAGUAUGUUGUUGGACUUAUUAUCAAGACGUCGUCGGACGCUACAAUGGUGGAGAAAGAGAAAGUGUACAUUGGAAAGCUGAACAUGAUCCUUGUUCAGAUCCUGAAGCAGGAGUGGCCCAAGCACUGGCCCACGUUCAUAAGUGACUCGUGGGAGCAGCCGCACCAGCGAGAGCCUCUGUCAGAACAAUGAUCAUCCUCAAGCUGCUCAGUGAGGAGGUGUUUGACUUCUCUAGUGGACAGAUGACCCAGGUCAAGGCCAAGCACCUCAAAGACAGCAUGUGCAACGAAUUCUCCCAGAUAUUCCAGCUCUGCCAGUUUGUCAUGGAGAAUUCCCAGAAUGCACCACUGGUCCACGCCACUCUAGAAACGCUGCUGAGGUUUCUCAACUGGAUUCCUCUGGGGUACAUUUUUGAGACCAAACUCAUCAGCACACUCGUCUACAAGGUAGAUACCUCUUAUAUCUGUCUCUCUCUCUCUGUCUCUCUCUCUCUCUGGCCUUAA